UUUAACGAAACGUUAAACAUGACCAACACACACGAGACCUAGGGUGAUAAUCUAGGCUGUCGCGCGGACUGCUCACUUAACAGGCUACUACAUCUUUACAAUGGCUCUGGACGAUAUUAAGGAAACCCUUGGUCGGGAAAUGGAAAAUGGACAGAAGCGAGAAAUUUGACGAAUUUUUAAAAGAAGUUGGUGUUAACAUGGUGUUACGGAAGUUAGCGUCCCUAGCGAAACCAACGAUGACUAUAUCAGUCGAAGGGGAAAUAAUUAAGAUUAUCACAGAUAUAGCGGUAAGGAGAGAGGAAGAUUCCUUUAAACUGGACGAGCCCUUCGAUAAGGAGAGGGAAGGCGAGAUGUUCCGUGGAUGUGCCACGUGGGAAGAUGGUAAAUUAAAGAUGACAGGAACACCAUUAGACUCCAGAUCCAAAAUGAAGGCCCCGACAAUAUACAGGGAGAAAGUUGGUGAAGAAAUGCUUAUGACAAUGUGUGUCGGUGACGUAGUAUGUAAAAGAUACUUUAAGAGAUUGGAGUAACACAGAAACCAUCUGCAUAGCAGACACCAGUUGGAAUUCAGUGACGCAUUACACACACUUUUAUUGCCAAAUUGGAGGGUGAUGGUGUAUAUGAGGAUAUCUCUGAAAUAGUGCUUAUUUGUCCCUGUAUUCCCGUACAUAUAAUAAAGAAAACUGCGAAAAAAACAAGCAAGCAAAGAAAUAUUAGCAGAAUAGCAUUAUAUUCGUUUAUGUGGAAAUGAUAUUUUAGCAUAUAACGGCAGAAUAUGAUAUAUAGUCCUUCCUCUCACUCUAUAUCAAUAACAGUGGACUAAAUUGGACUUCAUCGGUACUGCAUAAUUUGACCGGUUUGCAGAGAACUCCAGAUUGUAGAGUCUGAUUUUGUAUCAAUACAUGUACAAUGCAGUUAUCAUAGUUGUGUUAUGUAUGUAAUAAUGUAAACACACAAAUCUUGAAACUGCGCUUUAUUUCAUCUGUAGAAAAGCAGUGUUUAUUUCAAUAAGUGAUUAUAUAUAUAAAAUAUAUACAACAUAUGUAAAAUGUUAAAUUUAAAUCAUUAUAUUGCCAACUUAAAUAAAAUUUACGAUAUUUGCUUGAAAA